AUGGCUUCCUAUAGCGUUCCGGAUCCUCCCCCAGUGGUUCCUCCUGGCUUUGAUCCCAGCAAUUAUGUUGCAAGGUUGAAUCGCGUAACAAACCGAUUUGGUAUACAACCUCGCUCAACAGGCAGUUACUCCCAACUUGGACUUCUCUCGACAGACCCAAUUGGCGGUCACAUGGAUUUGAAAGUCGGACCGCCCAGCCGAGCCCCAGACUGGCAUCCUCUGUUAGAAAAAUGGGGUCUUCAGGUCUUGGAAGCGGCAGGGUUCCUUAACAGUACAGCCUAUCGUGGAGCAGGAGAAGGACAGAUGCCAUUAGGUCGCCUUACCGCUGUUCUAGGUCAUGGGCCGAUACAUCCUCUUCUGAGGGAAGAUAUGUGGCAUGGACUUCGAGCCGGCGAAUAUGCCCUCAUGGAACCUGCGAUACGUCUGGCUUCCGCUAUCUUGGACGAUCCUCAAACCCUAUGCUUCUUUGCCGGACUGACAAUCCCCAGCGACAAGAUGCCAUUUAUUCAUCUCCAACAUAUUGGUCGAUGUCCGAUAUAUGGACCUAGCCAACCACUUGAUGCGGCUGCGCUGGCAGACGUAUACGGCAAAAUCACGGAUAUGCGCGGAUACAUGCGAUGGACAUUGCAAGAUAUGCAAACCAUGCUUGGUGAUCGCCGCGCCUUUGGCCUUACGAAGCCGUGGGUGGAAAGUAAUGGCAAAGUUGCGGAAGGUGCGAGGGGGCCUGGAACUAGGGCCAGCGUUAUUCACAUCAGUCGAGGAUACGUCGACGCAAUGCGAAUGUACUUCAAUAGUGAUCCGAUGCUGGCCGAGCUCGGGAGAUUCAUCAACGAGACACAGUACCUUGCUUCAGUACCUCUUGGAGACAAGAUUUGUAUCAAUGAAGACUCGGCAAUUGCGCGCAGUACAAUUCUUUUUGCAGAUACCCUGAUCCAUGAACUCACACAUGCAAUCAGCGGUGCCUACUUCAACAUCAUUCCAAUGGCAACACCGGGUAUGCCAAGGCACAGUCACGUUUACGAGCCCUUCUUCGCAGGCGAUCGUUGCAACGAAACUGGACACGCCAUCUCAUCAUACAUAUUCCGUGGAAACACCAUAGGUAUAAAUCAGUGGAAUAUCCCUCAAGACUAUUCGUCUCUUUGGCUACAGAUGCACAUUGGUCCAUUAGGACUAUACUGGCCUGACAAGUGGGAUAAGUGGAUGAUCGAUUAUGGAACGAAUGAUUCUUGCAGACCGCGAGCUGUGGAUCCUGUCGAGUAUAAUGUUCCGCAACGUUUGUUUCCGGUUCCUCAAGCACACGUCAAUAAGAUGUUUUCUCGUCAGCUGUGGCAGGAUGAAGUACAUCGAUUCGGCAUCGACGCCAUUCGUAUGCCACAGUUGGACAACUGGUCAGCGGAAUGGACCCCCGCGGGAAAGGAGAAGGGCAUCUGGGGCUUAGGCCGUGACAGGUGGAAUGAUGGGCCGGGUCCAGCUGCUCCAUCUCCUAGUAUUCACAGCGAUGAUGGAGGCGUUCCGCUGUGA